AUGCCGCACCUGCGACGACAACCAAACCCAUACGACUACCGUGGUCAAGACCCUAACGCUCCUGGUAGUCUGCGCGCGCAAUUCCAGACCCCGCCGUCGCGGCAGACCCCGUCCCAACGACAUCCGCCGUCCACAGGGCCGCAUGAAGUGACACCAGACCAGGCGCCCGUGACGGCACACCCGGCGGCGCUGAACCCGUUCUCUAUAUUUAGGCGGCCAAGGCUGGACCAGCAGCCUCCGGAGACUGUGGAGGAGGAAGAGGAGUUUGACGAUGACUACGAUCCGAAUGCAGAGGACGAGGAGCAGGUAGAAUACGAUGAUGGAAUGGUCCCGGAGGAGCAAUUCGACCCCGAGGAAGGGACAAUGGAUUCCGAGGGAGUCGAUGGUGAUGAUGUUGAGGAGGAGUUAAUUGAGGACCAGCUCGAAGACGAGGAUGGCGACGAGGAGAUGCACGAUCGAGGUAUCAAGGCCCUCCCUUCGCAACAGCUAGACUGUUGCCCACGGCCUAAGAGCAUCCACUGA